GUGGGAGUGAGGCAGUGGUAUGCAUCGGUACGGCGGACGGGUCCCUGUUUGGCUACCGCAUUAAGGAUGGCGAUGAGUGCCACAAGCUGUUCGCCAUGACCAUUGCCACGGUAGGAGGCAAGAUGGGUGGGGCAGUGUUGGGGCGGUGGGUCGUGUAUGUUGCUGGCCACAAGCAAACACCUCAAUAUCUUUGUUUAUGUUGUUUCUGUUGAUUUGAAAACAGGGGUCGAUAUCGUGCAUGGCGUGUCACGAUGAUCUUCUCGUGACGGGAAGCACAGACGAAACCAUCAAGUAGGGAGGGCAGCGAUCAAUCAAGGAAUGAAGGAAUGUUGUGUCAUGAUGACCUCUCUACUUGUCUUCCCAUGACCCUCCUGCUUCCGUCUGUCUGUCUGUCUGAGUACCUCAGGGUGUUCAAUGUGGGCAAGUUGCGUGAGGAGGGUGUGUUGUCGUCGCCCAGCGAGGGCCCCGUCACCUGCCUGGCCCUCGUCGGCAAGACCUUCCUCCUCUCGGCUGGCACCCACACCCACACCCACACAACACAGACACCUGCCACCCACUCACAAGGCGGCAGCAAGGGGCGCGACAAGAACCAGUCAGCCGGGGUGAUCCAACCCACAAUGAAGAAGAAGAAGGCCUCCUCCAGCACUGCAGUGGCAUCAUCACUAUCCACCUCCCGCAGCAGACGCGGCCGCCUUGAGCAGCUGGUGCAGCGCAUGGAGAAGCAACACGGGGCCACCGCCGCCCCACCAGCCGUGAAGAGAAGGCACAGGCCAUCCUCCAAGGCAAGAUCAGUGGGCAGUGGUGUGGGGUUCCCCGUCGAGGUGUGGCGUGUGCGUGACUGGGAGCUGGUCAAGUCCCUCGAGGGCCACACACGCCGCGUAUCAGUGGUGCGAGUCCACCCAUCCGGCAAGGCUGCCGUGUCCAUCGAUCAAGUAAGUACGUACGUAAGGCAUGGCAUACCAUACCAUACACACUGUCUGUCAUUGCAUUGAUCGGCGGAUUGAUGGGUGGGUGAUGGGAUGGUCUGUCUGUCUGCCUGCCUGCGUGUGCGCACGGUCCUCAGGGUGGCUGUCUUUGCCUGUGGGACUUGAUGAAGGGUGCCGCUGCGAACCGAAUACAACUCACCAAACGUACGUACGUACGCAUGUACGUACGGCAAGUACUCACUGGAUACAUACAUACAUACAGCACAGCAAGCACUCAUUGGUAGCUAGCUAGCUAGCUGGAUCUAAACAAUGACUGACGUGUGUGGUGGUGGUGGUAUACACACAUCGAUGCCUUGCCUGCCUUGCAUUCGGUAUGUAUGUAUAUGUGUUUGGCUGGCAGGUGCAUUGGACAUGCGGUGGUCGCCAAGUGGCUCCUGCUAUGCACUCCUGCAUGACACACAGGUGGGUCAAACAAACAUCGAUGGAUGGAUGGAUGGAGCACAUGACUGGCAUGCAUGUUAAGGUGCAAGGGGCCGACCCGACCCCGCUUGUGUGGAUAGAUAGAUAGAUAGAUAGAUCCAUCCAACAACCCAACCACUCAUUCAUUCAUUCAUUCAUUGAUGGUCCCUGCAGGUUGUAGUCCAUGAUACGGACACUACGGCCGGGGUCACAUUGGAGCUGGACGACGGUAAGGAAGGACACACGAAUGAGUGCAGCCAUACGACAUGAAUUAUUUCACCACACGGCGGCACUUUAUCUAUCUUCGUAUGGAUGGAUGGAUGGAUGGAUAAAGGCCCAAAACAGACAGACAGACAGACCGACAGACAGAGGAAUGGAUUGGGUAUUGUGUGUGUUGUGUGUCUGUCAGUGUUGCGCACCCCUGGGCACCCCGACGAGCCAUGCUGCAUGUGUUUCGCUCAUGAAGACCUGCCAUUGAUCGGAAGUGAGUGAGUCAGUCAGUGAGUGAGUGAGUGACCAGACCAGACCAUACCAUACCACACCACACACCCGCAGGCACUGCUGAACAGUCUGACAGACACUCUCGUCGGCGUGUGGGUGUGUGUGGCGUGCAGUGAGGAGCGGAAACAUACAUGGGCUCUCAUUGAAAGACAUUCAUCACUGCAACAGGUGGGUGGGUGGGUGGGUGAUAUACAUACAUACAGUACAACCUGUUGUGCAUUACGUAUGGCAUACGCAUGACGGCGUGUGAACGCGUCCCACCCACCCACCCACCCAUCCAUCCAUCUAUAUAUUCAGGGGUGCGGUGUCCCGUCAAUCAAGAGCGGUAACUCUGGCUGGCCACACAGGGCGGAUCAAAGGAAUCGCCGCAUGGAGACAAUCGGUGAGGGAGGGGAGGGGAAUAUAUACAGACAGACACGUUGUUUUGUGUGCGUGUGUGUGCGAGAUAGGGGUCUGUGAUUGAGGUGGUAAGUGCAUGUUCCCAAGGGCUCCUGUGCUUUUGGCGGAUCGAUGGCAAACAACUGCAUUCAGGUGGGUGACAAACCAGAUCCGAUCGCGCCGACCCCACGGCAGUCAGUUGCUGUCUGUUUCAUGUUGCUGCAGCCUCUUCUCCUCUGGGAUGUAUCAGCCCACUGCGGUGAGUACUGUUUGUUGAUUUGAUGGAUGGGAUGCAAGGCAGGCAUCACAUCACACACCGUUGUGCUUCUUAGCCGUCCUUGCCUCCCUCCCUCCCUGCGGGCCUGCCUGUCUGUCUGUCUGGGUGUGUGUGUGUCUGCGCAGGUGCGUGGAGACGGGGUGCACAGUAUCGUGUAUAGAGUGCACAACGUGUGUAUAGAGAGAGAG